AUGACACCAAAACAGAGAGACAUAUUCGAGCAAAUAAAAGAUCUGAUUGAAACUCGUUCCGAUGAGGUUUUUCAUUUUCCGACCGAAUAUCCGGCUCGAGAUCGCGAGUUUAUUAAGAAUCUGGCAAAAGAAUUAUCUAUUCGAUGUUCGGAGGAACGUGAUGGAAAUGGCGAAAAGCAUAUAAGUGUGCAGUAUGAAUCUGAGGAUAAAUCUGACGAUGAAAUCUUUGAAACAAGAGAAAAAUUAUUUGAGAAAUACAAAGAUGCAGAAGUCGUCGAAGAGCUGGACACUUCUGAGGAAAGGGAGAGGAUAAAUUUUUUUGACUGGAAAAAAAAGUAUUAUAUGGAAAAAAUGGAAAUUAACUACGAUGAUUCGGAGCAGAUGGAUAAAUUAGUUCUUUCGUAUUUAGAAGGGUUACAAUGGGUGUUACAUUAUUAUUAUAACGGUGUUGCAUCCUGGGGAUGGUUCUACCCUUAUCACUAUAGUCCGAAAAUAUCGGACCUGCAAAAUUUGGAAAGGUUUGAAAUAAAAUAUGAAUAUGGACGACCAUUUAAACCGUUUGAACAGCUGAUGGGAGUCCUACCAGAGGGAAGCAAAAAAUUCAUACCCCUUGCUUAUCAGGACUUGAUGACCGAUCCCUCUUCUCCAAUUAUUGACUUUUAUCCCAGUGAUUUUGACCUUGAUAUGAAUGGGAAAAAACAAAGUUGGGAAGCAGUGGAGACUUACAACCUUCCUACUGUUGACGGGAUGAAAUUCGUUAAGGGACUUUGCGAUGGUGUUCUAUUGGGUGCAAAAGCUAUGGCUGGUUUUCCAUCGUUGGAAACAAUCCCUCAUACGGCAUCCCUUGAGCGUCAUGGUGUCCAUGUUUUUAAUUCCGAAAGCAAGAAUGAAACAAUGGUCAUCACAUUGACCAAUAAAUUUGAGGGCAUGAAAACAGAAGAUAUAGCAAAGGCAAUGAUUGGAAGCAGGAUAUUUGUCAGUUGGCCUUUCCUUCAGGAGGCUAUUGUGCAAUCAGUGUCUGACGCACAUUCUAAGUACGAAUCAUUUGUUCACCCCCUUACUCUAUCGAGAGACACCAUUAGAAUUAAUCAUAAACCAGAGGAACUUGAAUAUUGGCGUAAGAAAGCUGAUAGGUUGGAACAAGGUUAUAAUAAAAGAUAUGGAACCAUCACAGGUUCUGUAGAGGUUAUUGCUCAUGUCUUAAUGCUUAAAGGUUUGAAAAGGAUGAACACUGGCGCGUCGGUGAAGGAGUAUGCUAAUCCGGGGGAAGAAGUCGAUUAUGCGAUUCAGACGACGGUGGAAAGCGUAGAAUGUGAGGAUCCUCGAUACGAAGAGAAACCGGCCAUUCCUAUUUCAGAAGAGUUUCCAUACGGAACUCAGUACGACGAACCCGAUUUUGGCAAGAAGGUUGCACGGGAAUUCUCCGAGCGCGUGAAAUAUUUUCCUUCGUACGUUGUUGCAAAGAAGUUGGGCAUGAGUGGGUUAACCCUAAGUAAGCUGACCGCCAGUUUACACGUGAUCUAUGGGCCCACCGAUCAACGGGUCAACCUGGGCCUGAACUUGAAAUUUGAGGCGAAAAAACAAAAAGUAUUGGGCUAUACCAGAAAGACAAAGGAAGGAUGGGAGUACAGUGAAAAGGCAAUGCAAAUCUUGUCAUUAUAUAAGCAAAAAUUCCCAGAGUUUAUUCAAGGGCUGGAAAAUAAGCACAAAGAAGAAAUAUAUUCGGCGGAGGAUUUUUUUCCUGAGGAGGAGGCGGUGACAAAGAUAAAUGCAAUUAAAGAGUGGCUCAAGACUGUUACAAUAAGAGAUCUUGAAAAUGUUUCAUUGGAAUCAGAGCAAUUAGAUAAGGAGUCUAUCGCAAAAAUCGAAAAUUAUGCAGAUAAGUUCACUAAAAAUCAGACAUUAAAAAAACUCGUUGUCAAAAAGAUUCCGCGACAUUCAUUUGAAGCCAAGGAAAAUCAGUUAAGACCAAUAAUUUACUUCCUAUUAAGGUGUUGCUUAAGCCCGAACAUGCAUCUACACGGUUACAAGGUCAAACUUUCGAACUGGGAGAUCGGGUUAUUUUUGUUCAAGAUUCUGGAAAUGUUCCAAUCGCCGCCAGAGUUUUUAUUUUUGUUCAUGUGUGCAAAAAUUUCAUCAAAUAUAACCUCGCAAUUAUUCAAACAUAGAUGUUCUUCAUUCCGCGGAAUGACCGUGCCCGGAUCUGCACUCCUUAAUUUAACUCGUAAACAAUCUGUUGAUCAACGAAGACAUGGUUCCCGACAAGGAACGGAUAACCAUUUCGGUAAAUCACGAAUAUCUCAAGGAUCAAUGCAGAAUGGUUAUCAUAACGGGCAUCAAUCAUUUAAUAAUUACCAUUUUCGUGGAAGCGGUAGCCGAGGUGGUGGCAAUGUUUAUUCCGGUCAGAAUUAUGGAACAAACGGUUCGCAGCACUCGAAACAAGUCGCGAAUUUCGGUCGACCUCGAAAUAAUAAUGGUGUCAGUGUGUCCCCGGGAGUGAACGGUUAUCACAUACCGACGAUUAGCACUUCGCGUUCUCCGCAGGUGCACGGUAACAACAAGUUUGUGAACCAAUAUCAAAUUUACUCUAAUAAUAAUAGUUAUCGAAAUGGAUUCAAUGGUAAUUCUAGUAGAGGUGGAAAUGGAUUUAUACCCAGGGGCAAUCGCGGUGGACAUUUUAGUAACGUGUCAAAUGGAACCGCCGAUUAUUUUAAUUGUUGGGGUGUGACCAUAAUUGAUUCCUUGGAUACACUAGUCAUUAUGGAUCUCAAGGAAGAAUACCAGGAGGCAAGAGAAUUUGUGAGGAAUAAUUUGGAUUUUAAGAUGAAGCAGGGUUGUGGAUCAAGAUACGCCAGCGUCUUUGAAACCACUAUUAGAUAUUUGGGCUUGCUCGCGGCCUACGACCUAACCAAAGACGAACUCUACCUAAACAAAUCGAUACUUCUGGGAGAUCUGCUUUUACCAGCAUUCGACACACCCACAGGAAUUCCCACGGGACAAAUAGAUAUUGUGGAGAAGAAAGGAGUCAUGGGACAGGAAACUUCUUUGGCAGCAAUCGGCACAUUACAACUUGAGUUCCGGAGGUUGAGCGAGUUGACCGGCGAUCCAAUUUAUUUGGAAAAGACACAAAAAGUUCUUGACAUUAUUCAAUCCAAAAAAACCACAUUACCGGGUUUAUAUCCGGUCUUCAUAAAUCCAGACAGGGGACAUUUUAUUAACGAUUGGAUUUCAUGGGGUGCAUAUGGCGAUAGUUUUUACGAGCAAUAUGUGAUGGUUCGCGGAACAACCUCACAAUACAUCGACAUGUGGAAAUUAGCAGUGCAAUCAACCAUGGAGAAUUUGAUCGUUUCCGUUCAAGAAUUUCCCGAGCUCAAGUAUCUAGCUCAAUGGAGAAACAAUAUGCCACUUUUCAGGAUGGAACAUCUGGAAUGGGGGUGGAAAAUCUUUAGACAAGUCGUAAAGCACUGCAAAACUCCUUCGGGAUUUUCGGGAUUAAAGAGCGUAAUGCAAGGGAAAGGGAAUGGUGGAAGAAGACACAGUGACACGGGCCUAUGCAAAACUAACAGGAGUGUCGAUGGAAAAAAUAAGAAUAGCGAAAAUAAUUGGGAUGAU